AUAUCGUUUAUAACUUCUGUCAUUUUGAUCUGUGUAGUCCACUAGACUCAUCAUCUUAUAUGACCUAGAUCCCGAUGUAGUCCAACUUAGUCUACUCUAGUCUCCCGUAUACGGUCCCGUCCACUCCUCCGGGCUCGUUGCAAGCGCGAAUUUUGGCUGAAGCGAGGACUAGAUUUUAAAACUUGACAAUUUGAAUUUAAACAAACUAAAAUCCAUAAACUUUUUGAUCUUAAAAGCGUUUAUAAGAAUAUCAUCAAUUCAAUUGUCUCAAUCUUCUUUGAUCCAAGUUCAUAUAUCCAUCAAUAUCCAAUUCAUUACUACAGAUCUCUUUUAUAUCAUCCAUUUUUUUUUCGUUGCAAAAAAAACAACCUACAAGAAAACCAACAUCUUAAACUAAAUCAACACAAUAAACACAAUGCGUCCAACUUCAAUCAGUCUUAAACACGUCCCAUUAAUCAGAUUUGUCGGUGGUAGACAUCCACGUCCAACUCAUAUUGACUCAUCAGUUAAAGCACACCCAAUGUCAAAUGGUAUAAUACCAGGAGGUAAAGGUACUUUGAAAGCUUCUUCAUUAGCUGCUACAAGACCAUCCAAACCAUCCAGUACUACACAAUCCAAGAGCUCGAAACCAUAUGAUUACGUUUCCCUCAAUGAAUUACCUUCAAGAUUUAAAAACAGACCAUUAGAAGAUGCUGAAAUUGAUAAUGUUAAUACUGGUGGUGCUAGUCUGUUAUUCUAAGGAACCAAAUUGAUAUGCUGUAUCUAAACACAUUUAUGGAGAAUUUUAUGGUUUUUAAUAUUAUGAGUGAGCAAUGAAGCAAAGAAUCAACACAAAAGUGAGAAAUCAUACAACGGGGGAACGAAAUGAAGAAUCAAAUUGCUUCCCAAUAUUAUUUAUAUUGUCUUUUAACAC